AUGUCAAAGGAAAGGAAUUCGGUUGGAUCUGGAGAGAAUUUUCACACUCGCUCAGACAGUUUAAUUAGUGAAUCUGUAUCUUUUGAUAUCAACACAAAUAUUUCAUCAGCGGUCUUCAAAUUAUGGAGAAUUCAUAAUGUUAAGAAAGUUUCAGGUAAUAAUCAAAAACAAAAGAAGCAGAUCGAGGUCAAUAAUGUGUUGCAUUUAAGAAGCGGAAUGAUUACUAGAUAUUCUUCCAUAAUUGCUGCAAAACCACAAUUCAAAUCUCCUUUAGCACCAGUUAAUCCAGCAUCAAUAGAUAAUGUUCAACAAUCCACAUCAAUACAAAUGGCAAAACCCCAAAUCAAAUCUCCAUUAGCACCAAUUAAUCCAGCAUCUAUAGAUAAUGUUCAACAAUCCUCAUCCAAGCAAAUGACAAAAUCAAUUGAAAUAGACCAAACUACUCCAGCAAUGGAAGUUCGAAGAUCUAAAAGAAAUAAAAUUGUUAAAACGUAUACAGAAAGUAGUGAUGAAGAAGAUGAUGAAACAAUAAUCAAUGAAAAUAAAGAAAAUGUAUCACCAAAUCCAUCAACCACAACUCAUAAUAACAUUAAAAAUAAAAGGAAUAUUUUUCAUAUAAACUAUAAUAAUUCAAAUACUCCAAAAUAUUUAGGAAAAUUUAAUAAUUUAAAAAUUAAUAAUAAAUUAAAACGUCAAUGUAAAUAUUGUCCAAAACAAUAUAAUGAUUUAAAAGGUUUUAAUCGUCAUUUUGAACGUAAACAUUUGAAGAAAAAAUAG